AAUUGAUGAAGGAACAUGGCGCCGUGCAUGGAGGUCCAGAAUAGUGUAGACAAGAAAACUUCGCUCUCCGCCGCGAUAAAAUAGCAAAGCAUUCACACAAUCGUUUUCAACGGACAGAAGACGGAAAAGGUACAUGUUUCCUCGCGAUGUAGUGAGGAAGCGGGUGCCCUUAAAACCGAUCUACCUCAUGAACUGUUCGAUAUACCGCGCACAUGGCCGCAUAUUCGGAUGCGAUCGCGGGAGAACAGAUGGUCUGCCCACUGUGUCUCAACCAGGCAGACGAUAUUCGCAUGUUACCAUGUUUGCAUUCGUUUUGUCGAAGGUGUUUGCAAAGGGCGAUCACUCGGGACCACUGUCCAUCUUCAACAUCGGGGGAACCGAAAGACAUUCUGGAGUGCCCAACAUGUGGCCAGACAGUGACUUUGAAUUCCGCUGGAGUGGAUACUUUCCCUUCCAAUCAGUUUAUCUCUAAUAUUUUUGAUGUCAUGGUUCCACAGCAAUCAGAAUAUGAAAAUGGAGAAACUGAGCGUGCAAUUACUGGGACAAGAUGGUGUAGUUCCUGUGAUGAAGGUAGCAAGGCUACGUCAGUGUGUAAAAAUUGUAACGAAUACUUGUGUGAUCAUUGUGUCAAAGCCCAUCAACGUGUAAGAUUAACCAAAGACCAUUAUAUAGUACGCUUUGCCAUUGAGAGCAUAGGUCUUUCUUUCCAUUCACCUCAGCCUCCCCAGCUACUCUCUCCUUCUAUUCAGUCCCCUUCCAUGCAACAUCAAAGCAUUACCGAUCGACAGAAUCAUCACUGUAGUAAGCAUGAACAAGAGGUGCUUCGUCUUUACUGUGACAGUUGCGCACAAGCAAUUUGUCGUGAAUGCACAAUGGUGGAACAUGUUGGGCAUAGUUUCAUAUACCUCCAAGAUGCAAUAGAAAAUUCCAAAAUUGUUACACAAAGAUUACUUACUGAUGCAAAAACGGGUAUUAAAACACUAGAAGAAAGCAUAGAACUUACUCAGGGAAUGGCAGAACGGGUUGAAAUGCGAGCACAAGGUGUGGCAACCGAUGUCAGAAAUAUAGUUAGAAGACACAUGUCUGCACUGGAAGAAAGAGAACGGGAUUUGCUGCGGCGUGUGGAAAAAAUUCGUCAAGUCAAAGGGAAAUCACUCCAUUUACAAGUGGAUGACCUACGUCUUGGAUUGAGUUCUCUGAUGCAAACAGUGGAUGAAGUGGAAAAUUUGAUACAUACGGGUAAUGACUUAGACAUACUGAACACUCGAGACAAAAUGGUUGCUGAGAUGCAAAAUGUACGUAAAUUGAGAGGACACCUCCAACCACAUGAAGAUGAUAGUAUAUUAUUCACCCCACCAGAUCCAGCAUUGUUUAACGCCGUUAGUAAAAUGGGAAUCAUUACAAGCAGUGCUUAUGCUCCUAACUGCUUUGCAACUGGGGAUGGACUAAAAAAGGCUCUAAAAGGCAAAGGGGCAUUUUUUGUUAUCCAUACCAAAGAUCAUCAUGGAGAUCCAAGAAUUGUAGGUGGAGACCCUGUGGAGUGCAUUAUCCAAAGUUCAGAGGGAGCUCUUUAUCGAACAGAUGUUAUAGAUCGACAGAAUGGAACUUAUGCUGUUACAUACAGACCACAGCUUGAGGGACAGCACAUCAUUUCAGUGGUCAUACGAGGAAAACACAUCAAAGAUAGUCCCUUUGUAGUAAACGUGCGAAGUGGUCGAAACUAUAGUUCGAUUGGAAAUCUGUUGCUUCAGUUUGGAUCCGAAGGAGAAUCUGAUGGCAUGCUUUGUCGACCAUGGGGAGUGUGUUGUGACAAAGAUGGAUACAUCAUAGUAGCUGAUCGAAGCAACAAUCGCAUUCAAAUUUUCAAACCAGAUGGCCACUAUCAUCACAAGUUUGGUUCAUCUGGCACAAGGAAUGGACAGUUUGACCGUCCAGCAGGAGUUGCAGUGGAUCUCCACAACAGAAUAGUUGUGGCAGACAAGGAUAAUCAUCGCAUACAGAUCUUUGACAUGGAUGGUAACUUCAUAUUGAAGUUUGGAGAGAAAGGAAACAAAAAUGGGCAGUUCAAUUACCCAUGGGAUGUUGCUAUUAGUGUAGAGGGAAAACUUUUAGUUUCGGACACAAGAAACCACCGUGUGCAGCUUUUCACACAGGACGGGCAAUUCAUCAACAAGUAUGGUUUCGAAGGAUCGUUGUGGAAGCACUUCGACUCUCCAAGAGGGGUUUGCUUCAACAAUGAAGGUCAGAUGGUCGUGACAGACUUUAACAACCACAGACUUUUGGUGAUACAUCCUGAUUUUCAAACUGCACGAUUUCUUGGAACAGAAGGAAGCUCUAAUGGACAGUUUCUGCGCCCACAAGGUGUAGCCAUAGAUCAAGAAGGAAACAUCAUCGUAGCUGAUUCCAAGAACCAUCGAGUGCAAAUUUUUCAGCCAAACGGAAAUUUUCUCUGCAAGUUUGGAACCAAUGGAACUGGACCGGGGCAGCUUGACAGACCCUCUGGAAUAUGUGUGUCUCCAGAAGGCCUUAUAAUUGUUGUGGAUUUCGGUAAUAAUCGUGUGCAGGUCUUCUAAGAAACCCAUUUUUCAUGGCUUUCUUCCUUUAAGGAAGAGCUUAAGUACUUUUUCAUUUGUGAACUUGCUCAGGUCAGUCCAUUUUAUUUUGCUAUCUCAGGAUAUUCAUCGUUACAAUUGUAAAUGCCAAAGGCAAAUGUUAUAACACAUUUAAGCUCAGGGAUUUUGCUCUAUGUGUAUUAUACUGCAAAAAUAUAACUGCUUGUGUGGAGAUUAUUUAUUAGCUUACUUGCUUAGGUGUAUGACCCUCUGGGAAUACCUGUUUAGUACCUGCAUUGACCAUGAUUAAAUUAUCUGUAAUUAUAUAUGUAACACAUGUAGCUGGUUGUUUGUCAAUGUAUUGUAUGUCAGUGAUAAUGCCUGCAAAGUUAUGCACUUUCUCCCUUGGUAAACAAGUUUUAGGAACAGUGACGUUGGUCAGCAAAUAAGUGGUGUGGAUCAUUAUUUAUCAUGGGUUAAAGGUCACAUCAGGUGCCGUUAGAAAGUGUGUAUUACUAUAGGAUAAAUAAUCAUUUAUAUGCCUAAGGGGAAAUAUAUUUUUCAUACUAAGGGUUGCUGUAACUUUGUGUUGCUUCCUCAGUGGUGUGUGUGUUUUUUUUUAAUGCUAUAUAUGCUUGUCUGCAGUGGUGUAAACAUGCAGUACACAUGCACCAAUAAUGGACCUCACAGAGGGAUGUAUUGAUUUCUCAAAGCUGGUCAGAUUGUUAUGAUGUGUUUACAGUUGGUUACUCUGCUAGCUGACCAUUGAACAGUCAUGUAACAUUACAUAAUGAGACAGAUGUGUAAUUUUAUCUUCAUUACUUGGCAGGAAUUAUUAGUCAGAUGUUAUACACAAAGGUUUUAUAUCCUGUUUUAUUGCAUGUUCAUAGAUCUUUAGAAAUUUGUCUGGCAUGUAAAUAGUUUUACUUUUUUAAAAAUAUUUUAUGUUCCUAAGAUUUUGUAGAGUAGAUAAGUCACAUUAAAAAAAAGCAAGAUCAAAUCAAACAUUGGUAAUCAAUCAGGUCAAAUUCAGGAUUAAAAUUUCAAUAUAAAAAAAGAAAACCCAAAUAAUAUCAAUUGUGUAGAAAUAAUUGAGAUAAGUAUUCUAACAUCAGGGAGAUUAAAUGUUGAAUUAACAAUUAAAAAAAAAAAUCUUCCAGUUAAUUUUAGUAUUGUCCAUUGAUUGAUCCGAUUGAUAAACAGGUUUGAUUUUACAAUUGUGGAGUGUAGGAUAUUUUCUGGGUUACUGUCCCUUUUUCUUUUUUUGUGUAUUUCAAAAAUACAUUAAAAAAUUCAACCGGUGCAAGAUUCAGAUACAAAGUAUUAUGAAUCGUUAAAAAACCAGUGUUUAUACAAAGCGGGAUUUUUUUCUGCUUAGAAAAAAAAAUCAAUUCAUAUUCACAUAUUUUCUUGGGUUGGAUUGCCGAUGGGGGGAUUCAAGUGAAAAACUUCCUUCUUUUUUUUUUUUUUAUGUCAAUUUCUUAUAAAACUUGUAUAUUCAAAAGACCGAACAUGAAAGAAUAAUGUAAAACAUAUUUGUAGAAACAUGACCACCAAAGUAAAUAAAUUAUAAAAUAAGAUAGGGGCAGAAUUUUACAGUUGUUUAGAAUAUUGAGUAAUAUUAUUACUCAUACUUAUUAUUAAUGUUUAGAAUAUUAUUGUGGACUUACGAAAGAAAAAAAAAAUAUGAAAAUUCUUCUAGAAAGUUACUAAGUACUUGGUUAUAUUUUAGGGUAAAUACAUGUAUUCAAUAAUUUUUGAGAAAUUGGGAAUCCGUUUCUGGAGAAUAAUGUCAAUGAGCAUGUAUUACUGUAUCUGUACAUGAAAACUUAUGUAAAACUAUGUGUAUAUGCUUUUCUUGUUGGCCAUAUUACACUCGACUAUAUAAUAUUGUUAAUUAGUAACGUUGUAGAAUCAUAUCCGGUGAUCAAUAUUGUAAUUAAUAUCUUUUAAACUACUGUAUUAGGGAGUUUCACAGAGUAUACUAUAUUGGGAUAACAAAAAAGAGACUAACUCCAUAUUCGUUGUAGAGUAGCUAGAACAUAAUGAAAGAAAUUUCAUACAAUUUAUAUAGGUACUAUUUAAUUGAAACACCCAAAUCACUCAUCUGUGACUAAUUACAUUCUCAAUUUCAUGCAUGAAAGACUAAAUUAUGUACAUUUUUGGUGUGAUUCUUUGCAUAAUUUUAAAACCAGUAGUAGAAGAUUUAUGUGAAUGAUUCUGAUUUUGUCCCCAAAAAUUUCCAGUACAAGUUGACUAUCUGUGACAUAUUUUUAAGAAUUGAAUAAUAUAUCUCUAUGAACAUGAUGAACAGUUCAACACAUACUUUCAGGAAUUCUCCCUUUCAAGGGUUUUAAUCUGUAUACACUAAAUAAUACCUCAUGUGUUGAAGUAAAUUGCUUGAAAGAGUUGGGAAAAAAUACCUCAUUUUUGACAUUAUUUGCAAAGCAAUAUGUUAUAUGUUAAAUAUUAAUUUUCAUGUCCUCUCAAUAUGGAGAAAUGAUGUUUUCUCAGGCAUGUUUGGAAAGAAUGGGUCAAUAACUAUAAAAUAUACCAGUCUUGUUCCUUUUUAUAAUAUUGUUAAUGCCAUACCUAUAAAUCAGUCUUAUUUAGAAGUAAACUUGUACUGAUCAUGAUGGAAUGCCAUUUUGAAAAAUAGAGGGAUAAGGGAUAACCAAAUUUAAAUAACCUUGCCCAUAAUUUUUUUUUCAUUUAUUUUAUCAAAUUUAUUUUCAUUUAAAACAGUUUUUUUUUUUAAAUAAAAAAUCAUCUCUAAUUGAGUAAAUUGAGCAGUAUUUAAAUUCAGGGUGAAAUCGGUCUGGUUUACUUCUCUGUAUUUGGUGAAGACUGAUAAUAAGUCUGCUGCUGUAUUCUGUUGCUAGUGACUUUGUUAUGAAAUGUGCUUAUGUGAUAACAUGUCAAUUUUGUAUUAACUCUGCUACCUCAUCUUUCAUUAAAUCUAUCAUAAUUUUUACAUACUGAAUGCCUCUUCCAGUUUUGAACGAAGAGCUAUACUAGAAUAUUGGACUUGUACUUUCAACAGUUUGGAAGAUGUCCUUUUUGUGGGUCACAUGUGCACUAGCACUAUUACAGUUUCAUGACUUGUUUUCCCAGAAUGCAAUAAACAUUAUGGAGGAAUGUUGGGAAAGAUUCACCAAAACCCUUUGUAUAGUUUUUGUCCCUAUUGACGUUAGCCUGUACUCUAAACUUAUUUUAAAAAUUUAAUAAUUCUUUAAUGUCUCUCUAAAGCUCUUAACAUUUCUUAACCCUAAUAAUCAAGUUCAUAUAUUUGCUUUGUAAAUAAAAUGCAAUUUCCUCCUUUACAAUGCAUAUCAAUUACAUUUUUGUAUGAACAUUACUUUCAAAUUUGUAAUUUCAGGGUUUUUUCUGUAAUUUUAUUUUUACAAAGAAAUUGAAAUAUCCAAGCAAAUUCAAAAUUUAAAGAAAGAAUACUGCUUUACUGAAUUUUAUUUGAAAUUAUUUAAAACGAAUUGUGUUAG